AUGGCAGGUCGAAGUCGAAGAGCAUGGUUUAGUGUUCUGCUGGGAUUGGUGGUCGGCUUCACGCUGGCUUCCAGACUCAUCCUCCCCAAGGCCAGCGAGCUGAAGACGGCCGGCCACAAGCGGAAAGUCAGCGCGGCCGCCUGCGGCUGGAACCCGGCGCUCCGCAGGGAGUACGGAGGGGCGCUGAGCGGUCCGCCUGCCACCGACAAGCCGGAGUCCCGCUCCGACAGCUUCCUCUUCGUCGGUGUCAUGACCGCGCAGAAGUACCUGGACAACCGCGCCGUGGCGGCGCACAGGACGUGGGCGCAGACGAUCCCGGGCCGGGUGGAGUUUUUCUCCAGCGAGGGCUCGGACACCUCCAUCCCCAUCCCCAUCGUGGCCCUGAAGAACGUGGACGACUCGUACCCCCCCCAGAAGAAGUCCUUCAUGAUGCUGAAGUACAUGCACGACCACUACCUGGACAAGUACGAGUGGUUCAUGCGGGCGGACGACGACGUCUACAUCAAGAGCGAGAAGCUGGAGAACUUCCUGCGCAGCCUCAACAGCAGCGAGGCCAUCUUCCUGGGCCAGACGGGCAUGGGGGCCCGGGACGAGCUGGGCAAGCUGGCCCUGGAGCCCGGGGAGAACUUCUGCAUGGGGGGGCCGGGGGUCAUCAUGAGCCGCGAGGUCCUCAGGAGGAUGGUUCCUCACAUUCGAGAGUGUUUACAGGAGAUGUACACCACCCACGAGGACGUGGAGGUGGGCCGCUGCGUCCGCAGGUUCGCCAAGGUCCAGUGCGUCUGGUCCUACGAGAUGCAGCAGCUCUUCUAUGAAAACUACGAGCCCAACAAGAAGGGCUACAUCCGAGAUCUCCACAACAGCAAGAUCCACCGGGCCAUCACCCUCCACCCCAACAAGAACCCCCCCUACCAGUACCGCCUGCACAGCUACAUGCUCAGCCGCAAGAUCGCGGACCUGCGCCACCGCACCAUCCAGCUGCACCGGGAGAUCGUGCAGAUGGGCCGCUACGGGGCGGCCGAGCCCAGCCGGGAGGACCUCCAGCUCGGCAUGCCGCCGUCCUUCAUGCGGUUCCACCCGCGCCAGCGGGAGGAGGUCCUGGAGUGGGAGUUCCUGACGGGGAAGUACCUGUUCUCGUCGCUGCAGAACCAGCCGCCUCGCCGCGGGAUGGACUCCUCUCAGAAGGAGGCCCUGGACGACAUCAUCAUGCAAGUCAUGGAGAUGAUCAACGCCAACGCCAAGACCCGGGGCCGCGUCAUAGACUUCAAGGAGAUCCAGUACGGCUACCGGAGGGUGAACCCCCUGUACGGCGCCGAGUACGUCCUGGAUCUGCUGCUGCUGUACAAGAAGCACAAGGGGAAGACCAUGACGGUGCCCGUGAGGAGGCACGCCUACCUGCAGCAGACCUUCAGCCAGAUUCAGUUCAGAGAGGAGGAGGAGAUGGACGCCAAGGCGCUGGCGAGCCACAUCAACAAGGACUCGGACUCGCUGUCCUUUCUGUCCAAUUCCCUGAAGAUGCUGGUGCCCUUCAAGCUGGCGUCCUCCGGGCAGGACCAGAGGGAGCCCAAAGAGAAGAAGGUCAACAUCCUGGUGCCGCUGUCCGGCCGCUACGACAUAUUCGUGCGCUUCAUGGAGAACUUCGAGCGAGUCUGUCUGAUCCCCAACCAGAACGUCAAACUACUGAUCCUGCUCUUCAGCACGGACAACAACACGGAGCGGGCCAGGCAGGUGGAGCUGAUGAGGGAGUACCACAUGAAGUAUCCCCGGGCCGAGAUGGAGGUCAAGCCCGUGACGGGCUCCUUCUCCAGGGCGCUGGCCCUGGAGGUGGGCUCCCUGCACUUCUCCAACGACUCGCUGCUCUUCUACUGUGACGUGGAUCUGCUCUUCACCAGCGACUUCCUCAAGCGGUGCCGGAGCAACGCCGCCCUGGGGGAGCAGACCUACUUCCCCAUCAUCUUCAGCCAGUACGACCCCAAGGUGGUGUACGCCGGGAAGGUGCCCGGCAACAACCACUACGUCUUCACCUCCAAGACGGGCCUGUGGCGGUACUACGGCUUCGGGAUCGUCUGCGUCUACAAGGGGGACCUGGUCCGGGCGGGGGGCUUCGACACCUCCAUACAGGGCUGGGGCCUGGAGGACGUGGACCUUUAUAAUAAAUUCGUCCAGUCGGGGACAAAGCUGUUCCGGAGCGCCGACACGGGGAUUGUGCACGUCCACCACCCGGUCGUGUGCGACCCCAACCUGGAGGCCAAGCAGUACAAGAUGUGCCUGGGCUCCAAGGCCUCGUCGCACGGCUCCACCCAGCAGCUGGCCGAGCUGUGGCUGGAGAAGAACGACCACGGCUUCCGGAGACUGGCCAGCAAUAACGGCUCGGUUAGGACAGCGUGAGAGCACGCCGAGCGCUCGCUUCCUCCCCCUAGUGGUGGCGGUGGCUUUCACUACUUAAUUUAUUUUGUACGGAGGCGGAACUUCACACGGAUCUAUUUUGAAAAUGUGUCUUUUUUUUUUUUUAAAGAAAAUAUACUGUAAUGCCAUAACGAACAAAACAAAGACGGUGCGGGCUCUCGGGUGGAAGCACACGCUCUGGUUUCUCCUGGAAGGACGACUGACCGGCACGCCGCCGGGAGCCCGGCUGACGGAGGCCCGGCGCUGUGGAACGCAGCGGAGGCGGGGGCUUCUGAGGUACACAGGUUUGGUUAAGCGUGCAGAGAACGGACUGCGUGCCCGCACACACCGACAGUGCUCCAACACACACGCACACACACACACACACACACACACACACACACACACACACACACACACACAUACACACACACACACACACACACACACACACUGAUGAUUGUGAAUGUUUACAGAGGACUGAACAACACAACCUGAGUGAUGGGCUGGCGGCGGUCUCCCUGCUUCCUGAGGCCCUCUCAUUCUGUCUCUCAUGAUUUACAGUGGCUUUCUUUUCCAUUUGCUUCCACCGUUUCUGUAAUACGACUUAACACUGUCAUUUUUUUUUUUUUUU